AUGAGUAAUAUUAAACCACAAAUUACAUUCAAGAUUACCAUCAAUAAGAUCUUCCCAGAUACAUCCUCCUCAUCAUUAUUACCACCAAAACCAAUUGAAACCACUCUUACUGUUGACAGAGGUGAAUUUGUCCCGAUUAAAUCAAAGGCGGCGUUGACGGAAUUCUUAUCAUCAAAAAUUGAAUCAUUAUCAAAAGAUGAUAUCUUCUUGGAUUAUUCUAGGAAAUCAAAGAAAUAUCAUGAUUUUGUUCCAUUGGAGACCCUGGAUGAUUUUAGAGCAUUGACUAGAAGCUUGAAGGUUAAGAAUCAUAUCAAUUUAUUGAUCGAAGAUCAUUCCCCACCACAACCUCCACAAACCAACCAACAGCAACUGAAAGAACAAGAUAAGAGAAAAAUUAAUGGAAUUGAUUUUGCUAGUUUGGGUGAUGCUUUAUUUGAAGCCGCUUUGGAACAUUUCAAGGAAUUAUUUGCCGAUUUAGCGAUGGCUAAUAAUACUACCAAUACAACUACUUCAAACACAAACAAUGGUACUACUAUCACUACUUCCACUACUUCUACUGAAACGAGUGCCACUGCUGGUUCUACUGAAACACUCCCUGCAUAUGCUCCUGCUGCUUCUGCUACUGCCACCCCUGCUGCCGCUCCUCCAGUCGCACCUGAACCAGAUGUGAUUCAUCCCAAUAUUUGCUGUGACGUUUGUCAUCCAAAUGACUUUGUUCCACUUACGGGAACCAGAUAUUGUUGUUUAGUUUGUCAUAAUUUUGAUUUAUGUUCCAAAUGUGAAGCUAAACUGCAAUUGGAAAAAUGCAAUUUUGGUCAACAUUCUUAUUUACAUCCAAUGGCUAAGGUUGUUGAUCCAAGUCAACCAUUUCCAAAAUUCGGCAGAUUUGGACGUUGUCCAUAUGCAGACAUUCCACGAGGACCAGCUCAAGCAGGUCCAACAUCACAUCCACGUUCACCUCCUCCACCACCACCACCACAUUUUAGACAUCGUCAUUUCGGAAAUCGUCGUGGUCCACGCUUUGACAGAGCGACAGGUUUCACUGCUGCUGCCAAUGAAACAGUUUUGGAUAUUCCUGUAGACAAUUGUCCUCCAGAAAUCAGAAGAAAGUUGGAAGAAGCAGCUAGAACUGGUGAUUUCUUUAAGGCUUUUGACGGAUGUACCAAAGAAAUCGAACAAUAUAUUAAAGAUUCAGAAAGAUAUAAUGAAUUGAUUGAAUUGGGACAUGCAAAAGAAUUUGAUGAAGAUGUUAAGUUUGUCGUUUUGAAGACUCUUGUUGAAGCUGCUCUUCAGGUUCAACAACAGCAAGCUAAGCAAGAGGAAGAACAAUCGGAAAAGAAUGAUCAAGUUAUGGAGGAUGCUGAAAAGUAUAAUGAAUUGAUUGAUUUGGUUCAUGCUAAAGAGUUUGAUGACGAUGUUAAGUUUGCAAUUUUGAAGAGUCUUAUUGAAGCUGCUGAUGUGGCUGAAAAGUCCAAGAAGGAAGAAGAUCAAGAUAUGGAAGAAGAAGAAGAAGAAGAAAAGAAUACUCCAACUGCUGAAGAAGAAGAAGAGAUACAUGAAGAAGAUGCUGCAGAUUUAAGUAGGAUUGAAUUUGAUGAAACCAAGUAUGGUCCUGUUAAGUAUGGAAAAGUUUCAUUUAAACCAAAAAAGACUAGUGAAAAUUCCAGAAUUAUUUCGGUUCUGUUAACUAAUCAUUCUGAUGCCUUGAUUCAAGGUGGAAAUUUACAAUUUGAAUUUUUUUAUAAUGAUGGUAGUUCUAGAUUUAUUAUUGUCAAGAAUGCUAAUGAUAUUAAACCUGGUCAACAAAGGUUUUAUAAUUUAGGUAAUCAUUUCGGUAAUGAAAUGUUGGUUAAUGGUAUGAAGGUUAGAAUUGUUAGUUCGAAUUCUUGCUUGGAAGGUGAAUAUUUUGAAGACUGUGAUUGUAUGUUUUCAAUUCGCAGCUUGAAGGAAGAGGAAGAAGAUGAAAUUAUGGAAGAAGAAGAACAUGCAAGAAAGAAGGAAGAAUCUGUUUUUGAAAAUCUCAUUAAUUUAGAUGAAGAUCCAAAAGAAGGUACAUCUUUUUCAAUUUCUUCAAUUUCACGUACUCAAUCUCCCGUGAUUAUUGAUAAUCCAAAUCAUAUCCUUUCUAAAGAAGAUGAAAUUCAAUUAACUGUUAUUCCAAAAUCAUCAUCAUUGGCACAAUUAUUAAUCACUAAUAAAUCCGAUAAGAUCUUCGACUGUAAUAAUUUGAAAUUGGAAGUUUUAAACUGUGUCCAUACUUCGAUCUUAUCUAUGAUCAUUAUGAAGAGACAUGGUAUUAUGCCAGGAAAAUCUACUAAAUUUAAUAUUGGUAUAAGUACUGCUCAUUUUAAAUUCCCAUUUAAGGUUAUUCUUAAAAAUGAAUACAAUAUCUGUCAUGUCGAUUUAAGUAAUCAUCAUAUGUCAGAUAAGUUGGUUAUUGAUGAAGUACGUGAUUUGGAAAAUGUACUUGGUGGUGGUUCUAUUCAUUCGAUUGUUUUGCCUAGUAUUCCUAAGGAAUCAAGUUUGGAGAAUUCCCAAUAUGUAGAUGCUAUUGAAGCACAUGCAGAUGUGGAGUCAGAAAAAGAUGAUGAAGAAGAUGAAGAAGAUUUUGAUAUGAUUAGUGGAGAGAGUGAUGAAGAGGAAACUCUUUCUGAUUUUGAAAUUUUAUCAUCAGUUAGUUCCAACCAAUAA